AUGCCACCAAAUGACAUCCCUUCCGAAGCAGUAAGUGGAAGCCCAUACACUACGCGAAAGAAGUCAAAACGGUACCGAAUGGUAGCUUUGGAUCUUGACGGCACUUUGCUUUCUUCGAAUGGAACCUUGGCGGACGUCCAAGCAGAAUACCUCCGUGGUCUGUCGGAGAAAGGGUUUAUUCUAUGCCUUGCUACUGGUCGAUCUGCCAGGAGAACAUAUGAUCACGCUGCCAAGUUGCAGAUUCCUAGACUGCCCAUCGUGUGCAACAAUGGAGCGCGUGGACUCGUUUGGUCUCCAGGCAAAUCGGAGGAUGAUCCGGUCAUUGCGGACCAAUUUCAAUUUCUAGUUCCAAAAGGCGUUGCACAACGAGCUAUCGAUUUGGCAAACAAGCAUGGUUUCUUCCUUCAAUACUACUACCGGGACUCUGUCUACGCUAAUGAAAAGUCGGAAAGCCACUACACUUGCACCAAAAAGUAUACCGAGAGACGAGGUAUCCGAAUCCAACAUAUCGAAGAUGACUAUCAAGAAAUGCUUGACAAGGAUCAGCUUCCAACCAAACUGCUGCUUUUAUUUGACUCCUCAGUAGACUAUGAUAACGCCCUUCAAGCUACUAAUGAUGCCUUUGGUCCAUCGGAGGCCACAAUAGUGCCAGGAUCUUGGAAAUGGUCUCGGUUCCUGGAAAUUCUGAAUGCGUCCAACAACAAGGGGAUGGGGUUACAGCACAUGUGCGAGCAAUUAAAGGUUCCACUGGACGAGGUGAUUGCCAUUGGGGAUGCUAACAAUGACAUUGAGUUUUUGCAAAUGGCCGGAUUGGGAGUGGCGGUCAAGAAUGCGGUACCGGAAGUCAAAGAAAUUGCGGAUGUCACUCUAGACUUCACCAAUGACGAUCAUGGACCCAUGCGAAUAUUACAAGAACUAGAGGAAAAGGGAGAAUUGGAUUUCCACCACGGCAGGCGGUAG